UCCUUUUUAAAAAACUAUGAUUCUAUGAUGCCAAAAUCCUUAGGGCUGCCUCCUUUCAAGGAAAGAGAACUUAUCUCUUAGGAGUCCCAUCUGUGUAUGAGGUUUUCUGAGAUUCUUUGUGUUCUGAGCAGUACUUUUUCUUCCUUCCAGGCAGUGAUAGGCAACUGAAACAGGAUAAUGGGAAACCAUGCCAAGCAUUGAUGCAAAGAGACCAGAGCAAACAGGUAGAAAUGAAGGAAGGAAAAAAUAACGCCAGAAACGAGGGGAGGACCACACACCCUUCUCAAAAAGGUGAUGUUUCUGGAACCUCAAUUGAAGGAAGAAUACAGAAACGAAACAAAAGGAGUAAAUAUCUUUGUCUUGCACAUGACAGAAGUUGCAGCUUUAAAAGACGUCAUAUUCUUCACAGGAGAAUUCAGACUAAAGAGAAAUCAUUCAAAGGUGGUGAGUGUGGCAGCUCCAGUUUUAUCUCACUUAAAACUAUUUACAGAAGAAUGAGACCAUUCAGAUGCUUGGAGUGCGGAAAAGGCUUCACUCAGAAGAUAGACCUCACUCAUCACCAAGCAACUCACACAGGAGAGAAACCGUUUAAAUGUCUGGAGUGUGGGAAAGGCUUCACUCAAAAGACAGACCUCACUCGUCACCAAGCAAUUCACACAGGAGAGAAACCAUUUAAAUGCCUGGAGUGUGGAAAGGUUUUCAUUGGGAAGACACACCUCACCUAUCAUCAAAAAACCCACACAGGAGAGAAACCAUUUAAAUGCCUGGAGUGUGGGAAAGGUUUCAUUCGGAAGACACAGCUCUCAUAUCAUCAAAAAACCCACACAGGAGAGAAACCGUUUAAAUGCCUGGAGUGUGGGAAAGGUUUCACUCAAAAGACACAGCUCACCUAUCAUCAAAAAACUCACAUAGGAGAGAAACCAUUUAAAUGCCUUGAGUGUGGGAAAGGCUUCACUCAAAAGAUAGCCCUCACUUAUCACCAAGCAACUCACACAGGAGAGAAACCAUUUAAAUGUCUGGAGUGUGGAAAAGGUUUCAUUUGGAAGACACACCUCACCUAUCAUCAAAAAACUCACACAGGACAGAAACCAUUUAAAUGUCUGGAGUGUGGGAAAGGCUUCACUCAAAAGACAGACCUCACUCGUCACCAAGCAACUCACACAGGAGAGAAACCAUUUAAAUGCCUGGAGUGUGGAAAGGGUUUCAUUGGGAAGACACAGCUCACCUAUCAUCAAAGAACUCACACAGGAGAGAAACCAUUUAAAUGCCUGGAGUGUGGAAAAGGUUUCACUCAGAAGACACACCUCACUCGUCACCAAGCAACUCACACAGGAGAGAAACCAUUUAAAUGCCUGGAGUGUGGAAAGGGUUUCAUUGGGAAGACACAGCUCACCUAUCAUCGAAAAACCCACACAGGAGAGAAACCAUUUAAAUGCCUGGAGUGUGGAAAAGGUUUCAUUCGGAAGACACAGCUCUCAUAUCAUAAAAAAACUCACACAGGAGAGAAACCAUUUAAAUGCCUGGAGUGUGGAAAAGGCUUCACUCAAAAGACAGCCCUCACUCGUCACCAAGCAACUCACAAAGGAGAGAAACCAUUUAAAUGCCUGGAGUGUGGGAAAGGUUUCAUUCGGAAGACACACCUCACUCGUCAUCUAGCAACUCACACAGGAGAGAAACCAUUUAAAUGCCGGGAAUGUGGGAAGGGCUUCACUCGGAAGUCAGCCCUCACUU